UUGUGAAAAUGGCGACGCCUCGUCGCUCCUCUCAGCAACAGCAGCCAAACUCCCUGCUGGUCUCCCCACCCCGCAGCUCUCCUUUCCCCUUUAACCCGCCUGGCUCUCCGCCGGCACCCACUGAUGAUGCCACCCCGCUUUCCCCGCUAGAGAACACGGCUGACGGGGAGGUAACCCCUGCCUCUCCCACCAGCACCUCCCCAGCUCUGGCCCUCGCCGCCAGCAGCAGCAGCAGCAGCAGCAGCAGUAGUAGUACUAGCAGCAGCGCUAGCUCCCCGACCACCACCGAGGGUAGCGGGACCAGCCCUGGCUCAACGCCCGACUCGGGCAGCGGUAACCCGGACAGCAGCAGUAGCAGUGGCAGCGGUGGUGGUGCAAGCGGGGCUUUUAGGGAGCUGUUCGAAGCCUGUCGAAAUGGAGAUGUUUCGAGGGUGAAGAAAGUAGUGGAUGUAGUAAAUGUGAACGCUAAAGACAUGGCAGGACGCAAAUCAACACCUCUGCAUUUCGCUGCAGGGUUUGGGCGUAAAGAUGUGGUUGACCACCUGCUCCAGAUGGGUGCUAAUGUGCACGCUCGGGAUGAUGGAGGUCUAAUCGCGCUUCAUAACGCCUGCUCAUUUGGUCACUCCGAGGUGGUGUCCUCGUUACUGUGUCAGGGAGCUGACCCCAAUGCCAGAGACAACUGGAACUACACCCCGCUCCACGAAGCCGCCAUUAAGGGCAAGAUAGACGUCUGCAUCGUGUUGCUGCAGCAUGGAGCCGACCCCAGCAUCCGCAAUACCGACGGCAAGUCCGCCCUGGACCUCGCUGAACCCUCGGCUAAGGCCGUGCUCACAGGUGAAUACAAGAAGGAUGAGCUGCUGGAGGCGGCGAGGAGUGGGAACGAGGAGAAGCUAAUGGCCCUGCUUACCCCGCUCAACGUCAACUGCCAUGCAAGCGAUGGCCGCAAAUCCACUCCACUCCACCUGGCAGCGGGAUACAACAGGGUGAGGAUAGUUCAGCUGUUACUACAGCAUGGAGCAGAUGUUCAUGCCAAGGACAAGGGUGGUUUGGUGCCUUUACACAAUGCCUGCUCCUAUGGACACUAUGAAGUUACUGAGCUUCUACUAAAGCACGGAGCGUGUGUUAAUGCCAUGGAUCUUUGGCAGUUCACCCCUCUCCAUGAAGCGGCAUCUAAAAACAGAGUGGAGGUCUGUUCUCUGCUGCUGAGCCACGGUGCCGACCCCACCCUGCUCAACUGCCACAGCAAGAGCUCUGUGGACAUGGCGCCCACUCCGGAGCUGAAGGAGAGACUUACAUAUGAGUUUAAGGGACACUCACUGCUCCAAGCUGCUCGCGAGGCCGACAUGGCCAAGGCUAAGAAGACCCUCGCUCUGGAGAUCAUUAACUUCAAACACCCUCACACACACGAGACUGCACUGCAUUGUGCAGUUGCAUCACCACACCCAAAGAGGAAACAGGUGACGGAGCUGCUGUUAAGAAAAGGAGCCAAUGUCAAUGAGAAGAAUAAAGAUUUCAUGACACCUCUCCAUGUGGCAGCAGAACGAGCUCACAAUGACAUCAUGGAGGUGCUACAAAAACAUGGUGCAAAGGUCAACGCCCUCGACACGCUGGGUCAGACGGCGUUGCAUCGCGCGGCGCUGGCAGGCCACCUUCAGACCUGCAGACUGUUGCUGGGAUACGGGGCAGAUGCCUCACUGGUGUCGCUGCAGGGCUUCACUGCUGCUCAAAUGGGAAACGAAGCUGUUCAGCAAAUCCUCAACGAGAACGUCCCAGUGAGAAACUCAGAUGUGGACUACAGACUUCUGGAAGCUGCGAAAGCUGGAGACCUGGACACUGUCAAGUCGCUGUGUACUGCUCAGAAUGUGAAUUGUCGAGAUCUGGAAGGACGACACUCCACUCCUCUUCACUUUGCUGCUGGCUACAAUCGAGUGUCCGUGGUGGAGUACCUGCUGCACCACGGGGCAGAUGUGCACGCCAAGGACAAAGGUGGUCUGGUCCCGCUCCACAAUGCCUGUUCGUACGGUCACUACGAGGUGGCAGAGCUGCUGGUCAGACACGGAGCCUCAGUCAACGUGGCAGACUUGUGGAAGUUCACGCCGCUCCAUGAAGCUGCUGCUAAGGGCAAAUAUGAGAUCUGCAAACUGCUGCUCAAGCAUGGAGCAGACCCCACCAAGAAGAACCGAGACGGGAACACGCCUCUAGACCUUGUGAAGGAUGGGGACACUGACAUUCAGGACCUUCUGAGAGGAGACGCAGCACUUCUUGACGCUGCAAAGAAAGGCUGCCUGGCAAGGGUGCAGAAGUUAUGUAGCCCUGACAACAUUAACUGCCGGGAUACACAGGGACGCAACUCAACACCUCUGCACCUUGCAGCCGGCUAUAACAACCUGGAGGUAGCAGAGUAUCUGUUGGAACAUGGAGCCGAUGUGAACGCACAGGACAAAGGAGGGCUGAUACCUUUACACAACGCUGCUUCAUACGGGCACGUGGACAUAGCCGCCCUGUUGAUCAAGUACAACACGUGCGUUAAUGCCACAGACAAGUGGGCGUUUACACCCCUGCACGAAGCAGCACAGAAGGGGCGGACACAGCUCUGUGCUCUGCUAUUGGCCCAUGGCGCCGAUCCUACAAUGAAAAACCAGGAGGGGCAGACGCCGCUUGACUUGGCAACG